AUGGAUCACUCGCAUAUGGAUCAUUCGGGGAUGGGGCACGGCGAUAUGGGACAUGGCGGUACGGACCAUGGACCAAUGUGCAAUAUGAACAUGCUAUUCACCUGGGACACCACAAACCUCUGCAUUGUCUUCAAAUGGUGGCACAUCCAAACCACACCCGGCCUCCUCUUCUCCCUCCUCGCCGUUGUAGCCCUCACCGCAGCCUACGAAGCUAUCCGCUCAGCAUCCCGCAGAUACGAACAACACGUUAACAAGAAGGCCGAAGCCGCACCCAUUGGAGCUGUUACUGAAAGGACGCCUUUCCUGUGGACAGGACGUAAUCAGGUGGAGGUUAGCCAAAAGGCACAUAUCAUCAAGGCGGUGAUUUAUGCGGUGCAGACGUUCUAUGCGUUUAUGUUGAUGCUCCUCUUUAUGACUUAUAAUGGAUGGGUGAUGCUUGCGGUUGGCGUUGGGUCGUUUGUGGGGUAUCUGGCAUUUGGAAAUAAUACGAGUGCAACUAAGGACUCGGCAUGCCAUUGA